AUGGACCCCAAGGCGGCCCGUCUGCGGAAGAGAGAGGAGCCACGGGGACGGCGGGAGGACCGCACCUCCAGUCCCGGGGACGGAAGCCCUGACACCCCCAGAGGACAGGACUCGGAGCAAUGGAAUCAGCAGAUGGAGGCUGUGAAGACGCAGUUGCUGGAACAAGCACAGGGACAGCUGCUGGAGCUGCUGGAUCGGGCCAUGCGCGAGGCUGUGCAGGUGUACCCGCAGCCGGGCACCCCCCCACGGCCCAGUCCCCCGGACACCUCCAGCAAGACCCAGGAGCCAGCUCUGGGGAAAGGCAAAGUGUUUGUCCUGCGCAAGUCUCUGCUUGACGAGCUGAUGGAAAUACAGCACCUCCGCACCAUCUACCACAUGUUCAUUGCUGGCCUGUGUGUGUUUAUCAUCAACACCCUGGUGAUCGACUUCUUCCAUGAGGGCAGGCUGAUGCUGGAGAUUGACCUGCUGAUCUUCACCUUCGGACAGCUGCCCUUGGCGCUGAUGACGUGGGUCCCCAUGUUUCUGUCUACGCUGCUGGUGCCCUACCAGGCCCUGCGUCUGUGGGCGAGGCCCCGAGCGGCCGCAGCCUGGAAGCUGGGGGUGGGCCUGGCUUGCGUGCUGCUGCUGGCCCACACGGCCGUGCUCUGGGUGCUCCCGGUCCACGUGGCGAUGAAGUACCAGCUCCCACCGGCCUCCAGCAGUAUCCUAGUGUUCGAGCAGGUCAGGCUUCUGAUGAAAAGCUAUUCCUUCCUGCGAGAGUCGGUGCCGGGGACCCUUCGCGGCAAAGGAGGUGACACCCCUAGUUUCUCCAGCUACCUCUAUUUCCUCUUCUGCCCGACACUCAUCUACAGGGAGAACUAUCCCAGGACGCCCCGUGUCAGGUGGAAUUAUGUGGCCAAGAACUUUGCCCAGACCCUGGGCUGCCUCCUCUACGCCUGCUUCAUCCUCUGCCGCCUGUGUGUGCCCGUCUUCGCCAACAUGAGCCGGGAGCCGUUCAGCACGCGCGCCCUGGUGCUGUCCAUCAUGCAUGCCACCUUGCCAGGCCUCUUCAUACUGCUGCUCAUCUUCUUUGCCUUCCUACACUGCUGGCUUAACGCCUUUGCAGAGAUGCUGCGAUUUGGAGACAGAAUGUUCUACCGGGACUGGUGGAACUCCACGUCCUUCUCCAACUACUACCGGACCUGGAACGUGGUGGUGCAUGACUGGCUCUACAGUUACAUCUACCAGGACGGACUGUGGCUCCUGGGUGGCCGGGCCCGAGGUGCAGCUAAGCUGGGCGUGUUCCUGGUCUCUGCUGUGGUCCACGAGUACAUUGUCUGCUUCGUCCUGGGCUUCUUCUACCCAGUCAUGCUGGUCCUCUUCCUGGGCAUCGGAGGGCUGCUAAACUUCAUGAUGCAUGACCGGCACACAGGCCCCGCGUGGAACGUGGUCAUGUGGACGCUGCUGUUUCUGGGCCAGGGCAUCCAGGUCAGCCUGUACUGCCAGGAGUGGUACGCGCGACGUCACUGCCCCCUGCCCCAGACGACCUUCUGGGGGCUGGUGACACCGCGCUCCUGGUCCUGCCAUUCCUAGAGGUCAGGGCACC